AUGACUGCGACAGAGGAAGCAACCGGUCCACCUGCUGUUGAGGAGGCGGAAGGGGAAGUAGCAGCUGCCGCUGCUGCUCAAGCGGAGAUGAACAAGGCAGAAGAUGAAAGUGCACCUGCUCCUGAGGCAGAAGCCGCAGCUGCGGAUGCUGGUGGCGAAAAUGCUCCCGCCGCGGCAGAGCCAGAGGAAGCGGCUGCAACGGCAGUGCCAGUGGUCGAAGAGGAGGCACCAGCGCCGCCAGAGGAAUCGCCCGCAGAAGCUGCCGCUCCGGAUGAACAGGAAGCUGAGCAACAAGGCGCGGAAGCUCCUGCUGUCGAGGGUGACCACGAGGCGCCGGGGCAAACCUCCGCUGAGGAAGGGGCGAAUGAGGGCGAAGCUGCAGAGGAGGCUGCAGGUAUAGUUUAGAGGCUGUGCAACAAUUGGACCCCCUUUCGACAGGUCGAAAGGGGGGGGGGGGUAGGUAGGUCGACAGCCGGAAACCGGCGGCCGGCCCGCCGAUGUGUGGGUGGGGGUCCGGCCCCACAACGGCCCGUGGCUCGGUCGCCGGCUCCUCCGGCACUGGUCGGAGGCCCGCCUUUGCUUGUGUGCAGGCACUUAUCCACAGCGCCGGGCUUCACUACAACUCCGACAAGGAACAAAGCGCACUCCGCUUUGUUCUUUGUCGGAGCAGCGAGCCACCGAAACCGGCCCCGCGCAGCAUGAUACUGGAAUGGCCUCAGCUUACGCACUGGCCCACAGCUCUACUUUUUGGAGGGUUGCGCCGUGACCUGCUACGCCCUGUUCCUUUUCACCCAUCACGGGGCACAGCAGGCGCGAGCCCUGCCUUUCACUCCGCCGAUUUUCCGUCGGGAAAGGGGUUCUGUUGCAUGGCCUGGCGCGCGAUACGAGACCGCGCGCCAUCCCAUGGCGGGUCAUUUUAUUCUGGCCGGAAUGGUGCAGAAGCAGAUGUUUUUUGCAAUUGACUCACAACUAGGCUCCGCGAUUCUGAUAGUAGAUCGCAGGACCGCAUCCGGCGAAGCGACUUUUUUGGCUGUGUGGCAACGACGACCACAGGCGGACUUCGUCGCAGAAAUUCAGAAGUCCGGCCUAGUGGUUGCCCACUAUGGCGGAUUUUAUUAGACUGCUUUCAUCAUAGUGGUAGCCCGCCUAUGUUCGUUUUCGCUUCGUUCGCCGCAAGCCUUUGGCAAAUGAAUAAAGGCGAAGUCGCGGCGGUUUUCCUAGCAAUUUAACCACAGCGGGCGCGCGCAGCGCGCCCCGCGAAAUUUUUUUUGCAGGCAAUGUAAAGCACACGCGCGUGGCUCCUAAAAUUUUUUUUUUACAAAGACUAGUUCGCGAAGGGAGUGGGCAAUAUACCGGCACCGGGCGCGCGCAGCGCGCCCCGCAAAAUUUGCAAGCAAUGUAAAGCAACACACGCGCGCAACGUAGCUGCACCUCGGGCGGCGCGUGGGGCCUAAAGUUUUUUACUAGUUCGCGAACGAAAGGGGCAAUGUACCAGCACCGGGCGCGCGCAGCGCGCCCCGCGAAAUUUUUCGCAAGUAGGCCGCGAUCCAAGCAGGAAAGGCCGGGGAGCGCCUUGAGCAGGUGUGCGUAGCGCACCCCACACAGCCCAUCUUUUAGAAACUGGGGACGCUUGUCGAAAGGGGGGGGGGAGGGGGGAGGUAGGUCGCCAGCAGGCCGCUGACCCCCCUUUCGACACGUCGAAAGGGGGUCCAGUUUUUGCACAGCCUCUUAUACCUCUGGAGGUGACGAUGACGAUGUUGAAAAAAUAGUACGUCGCUGAUUAUACUUAUGCGUCUGCGUGAUGUGUUGAAGCCCGUUCUCCUGAUUUGCAUGAAGUUGAAAAAAGAAAUACGAGCAGAGCUACUAGCUAUAGACUUCAACUCGGUGUUCGUGUUCGUAUCACAGAAAUCAAAAUUUUAUCACAGCCGCGGCCGCAGAGCCGGCUGCUCCGGCGUUAGCUGAAGGCGCUCCCACUGCUGCAGCCACAGCAGCUGCCAGCACCGGCGACCAAGUUGCUGACGAAGAACCCGCCCGCGAUCUGUACGACCCGCUCCACAAGAGAUUUGACUCGCAGGAGAUGCGAAAAUUUUCCGAGAUCGGCAUUGGGGACGGAAUUUUAGAACCGGAGGAGGGGGAGCAAUUUGACGAGCUCGACUACGACCUCCAGGAUGUCGACACCUACGCCCGCGAGGGUCUCGGCUCGCUCCUCGACGAGGUCCGCGGGCCGGGCGUUCAGAAGGAGUACAAUUUCAAUUUCGAAUUCGAAGAUGAGGAGCCGGAACGGGAGUUUUACGAAUCUUCCGGCGAAUCGUCGACCGAUGAAUCGGAGUUGGAAGCGGGGUUGCAGAGGUUAAUGGGCGGCGACGGCGGACCGGUGCAGGAGCAUGUGGAGGAGGAAGAUCCGUUCACACAACUUGUCAAAGCCGGUGGGAAAAUCCCGCGGGACCGGAUCUGGGAGUUGCUAUCCCACUAUUUCGAGGUCGCGGGCCUCGGAGAUCCGCGCGACGAGUUGGAGCGGUUGCAAAUGAGCAUGGACAGCACGAUGAACCAAUCGGUUAACUUUUUGACGAAGAAUUGUCAGUCGUUAGCGGACCAAGUCGAAGCGAUCGCGUCCAACUGGUUCGACGCCCCAUACGAAUCGGCCGAGGACAUCAAGAACAUGGGGCGAAUCCGUGCCGCCGGCGGCGAUGUGGAGAAGUACAAAAGAAUGAUGGCGAAGCGGAAGAAAGAGGAGAAAAAGACCGCAGCGGCCGACAAGUACCUCGGUGCACCGCAUCUAGCGAAACAGCACGAGGUGCAAACGGGGCGGAUCACGUAUGAAAGCCUCAGGUUGGAAAUCCUCAAAGUGGAAAUGAUUUGUAAUGCAAAAAAACGAAUCCAGUUGAAGCGCCAUUUCUAGUCGGCGCAUAACAAAUUUUCCGGGCACUCAAAGCAUGUCUGUCAUGCUAGGUAGGCAAAGGGGUGCCCUUCUCUCGUGCUAAUCAGCAGCCCAAUUCUGAACCCCUAGCAGGACAAUGGUCGGUCUCCAUUGUGUCCUAUGCAAUACAGUCUUUUUUGCCUUGCAUUUCAUGCAUCACAAAUUAUUUCCACUUUGACGAUUUCCAUUCUGAGGCCUUCAUAUCACGGCGAUCGUGAACGGGCAGAAGAAGCACACGGAAAGGGUCGUUAUCAAAACGAAAAAUCCCCCCUCCCCAUAUCGAAAACGAAACUUGUGAUGCGGGAUUUGUGUACACAAAUCGGCUUCGUCUUGCAGUAGAGGACUGCAGACAGAUACAAAGCCGGAGUAGGGGCGUUUUGGUGUAGGCGCUUAGGAAGGCAGGCAUAUCCUCCGUAGGCCCUACAGCAUUACAAAUCGCCUGCAGGGCGCAGCGGGGUUUUUGGUUUUGCCUGCUUGCAAUACAGAGACGGUUUGUGGAUGUGGUCUCCAAUCAGCAUCACAAAUUUUCCCCGUUUGGUUUAAUGGGGAGGGGGGAUUUUUCCUCGCAGUAGUCGUGAGUAAAAACUUCGCGGAGGCGGAUGAAAGGAUGUGGACUUUGGCGGAAGCGUUGUGCGAUCUACUCGUGCAGGUGAAGCGCAAAGGUGCGGACGGCCGGGCGAAGGCGCGAGAGGUUUUGGGUGGUGGCGAAUCGUUUUUAUCCCCCAUGCGGAAGAACUUGCAGUUACAAUUGGAGAUGGACCCGAUGCAACUGCACCCGGGCGCGACCUUCUACUACCGCGCGAGCCCCUCUAGCAGUCGAGGGCUUGGUAGUCCGAAGAACGCGCACUUGCUGAAGAAAAAGGAAUUGCUGGACAGAGUGGCAGAUCAAGCGGCGGCCGCGACAAGUCCGGAGAGUUCCGCGCCGCCGAGUCCGAAGCGGAGGUUAUCACCCGAGGACAUAAUUUUCUUGUCUCUGAGACAGCGUGUGAUUCCCAGAUCGGAGCGCGAGAUUGUGAUCAAUGUCCGGCUCGAACCUCCGGAGAAGGGCACGGUGCGGCCGGCGCCGGACGAGCCGCUGUGGCUGCCCAAAUCGCCGGCGAAAUCGCCGGAAAAGUCGGCAAGUGGAACGGCAAGUGUGGCGCAGAGUCCAGCGGGGAAGCCAUUGAGUCUCCAGUCCCUUGGCAAAACGGCAUCCACCGUGAAAUUCAUGACUGGUGGGAAACCCUUCGCGUUCGGCGCGUCACCGACCGCGCCGGCGACCGGGGUGCAGGUGGCCACAGGAACAGCGGCAAAUGGUGCAGCAAAUACUGCCGACGUUGCUCCCCCGGCGCCGCGACCUGGCUCUCCGAAGGGAAUUCUCGCCUCGCCCAGCGCAAAAUCACCGAAGCACCAGAACAGCAGCACCGGAAGUCCGUCAAACCGCGGCACUCCAAGUGGUCAUCAUCAUCAUCAUCACGGCAACCAGCAGCACCAAGAGGCUGUCGGCGCCUCUUACCUUCGCGCCUUGCGUCGCAUCGCUGACGAAGCGACCAACCCCCCGCCGAAGACGAAAUUUAGGCAGCAGAGGACGAGGAACAACAAUGGGGACUUGGGUUUGUCCGCGGCACAACAAUUAACCGUGUUGGACCGCUUCCACCGCGGGGAGAAGCAGUUUGUGAAGCUGAAAGACGCGCACUUCUACCCGAGGAACGACCAUACGGAGAAGAAGCCGACGAUUGCGGCGAUGCUGGCCGGGCAAACAUCAACGUACAACUCCGCGACGCAACAACAGUUCAGUGCCACAGGGCGGUCGAGCUCGCAAUUCUUGCACACGGCGAGUACCACGGUUGCGGACGGGAGGUCGAUGUUAACGGCUACUUCUGCAGAUAACUUCACCAACUCGCUGAUGUCGACUACCGCGAUCUGGAACAACCAACAGAGAUCUGUCGACGGAACGAAUACAGAUGCAGCAGCUCAGAAUAACAGCCUGCACCAACAGUCUCAGUCUUCCUUCCGAUCGACGACUUUGUCUUCUUCCAUUCUGCAACCGCAAAUGAACAACUCGAUGAGCAUGACGAAUUUCAGCUUCUACGACGAAUCCAUGCUGUCCGAAAAUGAUCGGGGUUUAUUCGAUGACUUAGAAGAGCAAGAGGAGGACAGUGACGAGGAGAACGAAGUUGCUGCACAGCUGGAAAAGCGGGUGAUUGAAAAGCGGAAACGACGAAAUUUAGUCAGGAAGCCAAACUACUUCACGAAACAAUCCCGCUGCUUCGAGAACAUGCGAUCAGCGAGGUCGGCGACACUUUCUUACCCGAUCUUCUCCGAGCCGGUCUUAUUCGUCCCCGAGCCCCUGCGUGACAACGUGCAAUUGAAAGACGCCCAGAUAAGGCGCAGGUUGAGGAAGUACCAAACCGACGGCGCAGCGUUUGGCUUAACAAAGUUCAUGAAGCCGAGGGAAAAGGAUAAAAAGUCCGUGAAGGGAAUUAUGUUCGGACUACGAGUCUCCUCGUUAGUGAACGUCGCAGCAGCGAAGUUCAAGGCGAAAGGGUUGCUAGACAACACGUACAAGACGGGGCAAGGCGUGUCGCAGUAUUUGGAUAAGGUGGCGCAGGAAAGGAUGAAAUUAGAGAAGGAGAAGCAGGGGAAGCAGGAAAAGCAGGGCAAACCGUCGAAAUAUGGAACUGUCAGGUUUGAAAUCGUCAAAGUUGAAAUAGUUUGCCAUGCAUAAAAUGCAGCGCAGAAAGUGCCUGUCUUGCAGAGUAGGCAAGGGGGGCAGAUUGUGUGCCUGUUUCGGGGUAGAAAUAGAGCUGCUAAAGUAGCAUGGCAAAAGGCGUCUUCCUUACCCAAACAGCAUGACAGACUGGAUUUCGGCUCUACCCAAAUUUGUCAUGCGUCACUUGGCAACUGGGUUGCAACUUUCAUCCAUUUUCUGCAUUACAAGUUAUUCCAACUUUGUCGAUUUCAAUCCUGACACAUCCAUACGAAAGCGGACGUGUUUAAAAAGGAAACGAAGAUGGCACAGAGCAGAAGGGAGUUACUGUUAUGCAUUGCAAAAGUAUCGUAGUAGUAUAAAUUGCAUCACAAAUUUUGGCAAGAAGGAAAUUUGUAUAUGCUGUUUUGCAUUAGGAAAAACAUUUCAAUUUGUCAUGCAUAUUUGCAAUUAGUACGAGUACGAUACUUUUGCACAGGAUCACUGUCGAUUUUCGACAAUUUCCGGCGGCACAGCAGACGGCUGAACUACGAAAUGUCGUUGCUCACACCCGACUACUUAUUCGACAACGUGUUCCUUUACAGCAAUUUCUCCUUCCCGAUGCUGCGAAGGAAGGCGAUCAAGCAAUUCGAGCGGGAGAUGAAAUUACGCGUGUACAUGCGGAAACCAAGUGAAUUGCUGCUGAUCCAGAAGAAACUCUCGAGUGGUUUCCGAAGAAUGAAGGAAGACCAGUUGUCGAUCGAUCACCGACGGAUGUUGCGCGACAUCGGGCGGAUGGGAGACUACAAAGAGUACCGGCAGAGGAUAUGCAGUGCAAAAGUAUCGUACUCGUAUAAAUGCAUUACAAAUUUCCUCAGCAUGAGAAAAAAAUUUGUAAUGCUGAUUUACUUUAAGGAAAAGAUGCAUGAUUGCAAUGCGAGUGCGAUACUUUUGCACAGGAUAGAGGAAGCCGCGGAAUGAGUUACCGCUAGAUCCGGAAGAGCUCGCGAUGUAUAUGGCGUUCUCAAAUGUUACAUUCUGCUCAACUGUUACAUGAUUUGUCAUGCAAAAUGAGCAUCAACGUCCACACAGUGAAGCUGCCUCGCAUGACAAAUUUUGGAAGGGCUAAAGCUAAACAGCAUGGGAAUCUGUGCCGAAUUUGUAAUGCAAGAGUUGCAAGACCCCGAUCCGGCCUUGUUUCCUGCCUGUUGCCAUUCUUGCAUCACAAAUUCAUGUAACAGUUGAGAAUGUAACAAUUGAGAAUCCCAUAAUGUACGAGCAGCAAUUUGAGGACGCGCCGUUGAUCGAUGCCCACCCGAAAAUGCCGGACGAGAAGGUCUUCUUCGUGAAAUCUCGGGCGCAAGCACCCGACUAUGGAAGCGUGGUCAGGAUUGAAAUCAUCAGAGUUGGAAUAGUUUGUGAUGCAUAAAAUGCAACCAGCAAAAUACCUGUCUUGCCGACUAGGCAAGGGAGGCAGAUUGUAAGCCUGUUGAGGGGUAGCAAUAGAGCUGCUAAAGUAGCAUGAAAAACGGCGCCUCUUUACCCGAACAGCAUUACAAACUGGAUUUCGGCUUUACCCAAAUUUGUCAUGCGCCACUUGCAAACUAGGCGCCAACUGGUAUCCAAUUUAUGCAUGACAAUAUCAUUUCAAGAACUUUGUUGAUUUCAAUCCUGACACACCCAUACCGACCCGUCAGCGGAUAAAAACAGCGGGCAGUUGGGGAAACGGCCGGAAAGGAUGAAGGACAAAGAACCCAAAAUCCGGUACAUUUGGCGGGACAAACCGGACGUGCCGUUGGUGGUUCCGCGGAUCGCGAAGGCGGAAAUUGAGGAAAAACAGGCGAAACAGGCGAUUGACUACGCGAAGGUGAAGCCGGAGGCGAAGAAGGUGUUGCGGAUUCUACACGAGGAUAUGGUCCCGACCUACUAUAAGAAGGAGAAGGAAGCCGAGAAAGCGAUCAUCAAAUCCUUGUCCUACCGCGUGAUGCGGUCGAAAUCCGGAUACGACGACGCGUUUUUGUCCGACUUAGACGAGGAGGAGGAAGAGGAGGAGGACGAGGUGUUCGAUGAGGAUAUGGCUGUGUGAAUAAAUCACGUUUCUUGCAAUGUACGUCAAUUUGCCAUGCAAGGGUGCUGCCCAGAGAAACAGAUACAGGUUCAGGUCAGGAGACUUUGUGUCUACUACUAUGUAUUGUGCAUGACAACUUGAUAAUUGAUAAUUGUCCACGUGUAGUACUAGUUGGUGAUUUGUUCACCCCCGAUAUCCGAAGAGCAGAUGCGGUUAGCAGCAGAGGCGGAACAGAAGGCCAAGAUAUGGGGUUCUCAAACGUUACAUUCCCAACUGUUACAUGGAUUUGUCAUGCGAAAGCAGCAUCAUCAUCCUCACGAUCAAGCUGCUCCGCAUGACAAAUUUGCGAAAAGCCAAACCGCGCCUAAAUCUGUGCCAAAUCUGUCAUGCAAAAGGCGCAAUCUUCCCCCUUUCAGUUUUGCCAUUCUUGCAUCAGAAUACUCAUGUAACAGUUGAGAGUGUAACAGUUAAGAACGCCAUGCAAGAUGAUCGAGAAGUAUGGUGCGGACGUGGCGGAGAAAUUGCUGAAGGCCCAGGAGAUUGAAGUGGUGGAAUUCCUGCCGCCGAUCGACCCGCGGGAGGAAACGGAUGUUUUCUACUCGAAGUUAACCGCCCACGCCCGGAAAAUGGAGGAGGAUAUGACAGUGCACAACUCCCCCUCCCCCUCAUUUGUCAUGCAAAAUCUUAAAUCCAGUCGCUCUCGCUGCCUUGUGGCACUGUUUGCAUGACAAGUUCUGGCAGUGGCUGCCCAAAUAGCACUACACUCCAGUGUCAAUUUGUCAUGCAAAACCGGCAUUCUUGCUGAUGCUUGUGUUGCCGUUCAUGCUAUACAAAUGAAGGGGAGGGGGAGUUGUGCAAGCUCAUAGAGGACGGGGAAGUGUCCAAAUCGAACUGGAAGUACCGGCUGUCCGCGAGUCAGAUGAUGUAUCCUGUGCAAAAGUAUCGUACUCGUACUAAUUGCAAAUAUGCAUGACAAAUGUUUUUCCGAAGGGAAAACAGCAUUACAACACCCUUCUGGCCAAAAUUUGUGAUGCAAUUUAUACUAGUACGAUGCUUUAGCUUUUGCAAUCCAUAUGAUGCGGAAGAAGGCAAAACUGGUCUCCGCUUUAAACAUAUCAGAUGCAAAAACGCCUGGGUCUGGAAGGAUGCGAACUUGUGAUGCAUAGUACUUGGAUCACACAAAAAUCUGUCAUGCUUAAACAGGAACGGGAGCUCCUUCUCCUGUCGCCGAAAGAAGGCGUGGAAACCGCCUCAAAACCUUUGAUGCUAGGCCUUGCAUGGCACACCUUCCGUGUCAAGCACACACAGCAUCACAAAACUCAGCAAUCUUCCAGACCCAGUCAUUUUCGCAAUGCAUAAAACAAAGCGAUGUCUACGGACGACGGGGAGGAGGCCUACGAAGACGAGGAGACUUAUGGGAGUGUCAAGAUUGAAAUCGUCAAAGUUGAAAUUAUAGUUUCUCAUGCAUAAAACCGAUACCAGUCGGAAGCCCACUUCUCAAGCGGCGCAUGACAAAUUUUCCGAGCACCGGAAUCCAAUUUGUCAUGCUGUUUGGGCAAAUAAGACUGCUUUUGUCAUGCUACUUUAGCAACUCUAUUUCAAACCCUAAACAGUCUCACAGUCGGCCUCACUUGCCAUCCCGGCAAGAGAGGCACUUCAUGCCUUGCAUUUUAUGCAUGACAAACCAUUUCAACUUUAUCGAUUUCAAUCCUGACGCUUCCAUAAGAUCGCGGCCGCCAAAGACGCCCUGCUACCCGGAGAUCUUGCCGGCAAAGAGUUGAAAGCGGAGGACAGGAAAGCGGCGAAGGAGCAGCAGAAAGCGGCGGGGGGUCGGGGUGGGCGGAUGAAGGUGCCGAAGUUUGUCCGGGAGGGGUUCUUAUCAAGUGCAAAAAUGUCUGGGUCUGAGAGAAUGCAUGUUUGUCAUGCUUGUCUGGCAUGACACUUAAAUCUGUCAUGCACGCUACCCAAGAGCUCCAUUUUUCUGUGAUGCAGAAACGCAGUUUGUCAUGCAGAAUAGGCAACACCUACAAGCUCAGAAACUUGUCAUGCUGAGCCAGCACUUGUGGCCUCAUCAUGAGACGCCACCCAGCAUCACAAGUUUCCAGACAUCCAGGGAUUUUUACAUUUUAUAGUUCUACCGUUUUUUGGCCAAGGAGAUGGGCGUCGCGAGUUACCGGAUUCCCCGGGACAACUCGGCGAAGAUGGUGAAAUUGAUGUGGAACGUCUACGAGGAAUCGUACGCUAGAACGUUGUGGUAUCCACAGUAAAUUUCCCGUACCGCCGUACACAUGCGGUCUCUGCAUGACAAAACUUGGCUUCGAUCCUAGUCUAGCAUGACAAGUUUUACGCUUCAAAUUGGUGAAAUUUGUGAUGCAUCUUGUACAUGUGCGGGAAACUUGUAUUGCAUAUGUGGCAGCAGGGCGUGGAAAAAUUCGGACCGAAAAUCAUCGCGACCGCGGUUUCGAACCCGGCGGAGGCGGAGCAUUUCAAGAAGAUCAUGAUGAAGUAUGGGCUCGCGCAGGGGAAGAAACUGCGGGUCGCGAUGAGCUCCGCGGGCGUGUUCCAAGACGUCGCGUCCCCGGCCGUGAAAGCGAAACAGGAGGAAGCUCUCAAAAACGCCACGGAGGACGAUGACACGGAGCACAAGGGGGCGGAUUUGUCCUUCCGGAUGGAUUUGCUCAAGGGCGCGCGGAAAGCGACAAAUGAAAUCGCCGAGGCGCAGGCGGUAUGCACUGCAAAAGUAUCGUAUUCGUACUAAUUGCAGUUAUGCAUUUACAAACGUAGGCUGUUAAGGUAAAUCCGCAUUACAAAUUUAUUUCGUAAUGCUGAGCUCAUUUGUAUUGCAAUUUAUACUAGUACGAUACUUUUGCAGUUCAUAGGCGGAACAAACCGCGGCGGCCGAAGCGGCAGAUGAGGCUGGGGACGGGGCGGAAGAGCAGUAGUUUAGUACUUCUGUGAAGGUGGGAGCAACAAGCAGACCAUCAAUUUUUCGGUAAAAAACCGCCUGACUGCAAAUUUUAAUGUGAUCGAAGUCCGUCUAAUGAAAUGACAAUGCUUUACGCACCAUCAAGCCACGAGCGUGUCGUGCGCUGAUGUUUUAUCAAUCUCAUCCUACUAGUAGUGGCAGGAUAACUUUUAUGGACUUGCAAAUAAUGUCUUUCAGCAGGCUCUAAUACAGGAUACAGUUGUUAUUUCAAUUUCAUACAGUUUAUAUAUAAUCUUUGUUUCAUAUUCAUCGACGUAUUAUACCAUCGUGAAUCAGAUAGGACGCAGAAAGCUUUUGCCAUCGUGAUCGUUUUGUAGACUUCGACUAUGCACACGUAAGUACAGCAAGAUGUUGCGAACUCAGACCGACUGUUGAUUGAUCCUUACCGUAUUUCCAAGAACAAGUUUCGAGAUUCUGUUCCAGAUUGCCAAUUGUUUCAAUUUACUUCGCAUCUAUGUUUCAGUCUAUUAUUUUUCUACUUUACACUUACAGGAGCAGCGUUUGUUUGAAAGUUUUACAACUAAAUUUGUGUUGUGGGGUUAGCUCGUAGGAGAGUUUUGUUUCUAGUUCAAAAAUUCAAGUUUGACACUUGUAUCAGGCACUUUGAAUUGUUGUACCAUCGACUUGUGUUGUUUCAAAUGUACACUAAUCUCCAGUAAUGAAGACCGAGCGACUGCAGGAGCAAUGCGGCUAUGACAGUAGUUGACCACGAAAUUUUCUGUAUACCAAUACUUCUGAAAACCAAAAACAUAGAUUGCUGCC